AUGUCUACCCUCUUUGGCGCCGCGGCCGCGACGACCAACAACACCGUCGGCGACCUGAAAAAUGACGUGAUCGUGCAGAACCCGCCGGAAGACAGCAUCACGGAUCUGACCUUCAACAGCAACCAGGCCGACCCGAAGAACUUCAUGGCCGUGUCCAGCUGGGACAAGAAGGUGCGCAUCUAUGAAAUCAGCGGCAGCGGCCAGUCAGAGGGCCGACUGAUGUACGAACACAGCGCGCCGGUCUUCAGCUGCCACUUUGCCAAGGACGGCAAGCGCGUCGCCUCUGCCGGUGCCGACAACCAGGCGCGGCUCUGCGACCUCGAGACGGGCAAGAACGAGGUGGUGGCACAGCACGACCAGCCGAUCCGCAAGGUCAAGUUCUUUGACGUCGAUGGCGGCCAGCAGAUGUUGGUCACGGGCUCCUGGGACAAGACCAUCAAGUACUGGGACCUGCGGCAGCAGCAGCCCGUAGCGUCUGUCCAGUGCCAGGAACGCGUCUACGCGCUGGACGUCAGGGACAAUCUCCUGGUCGUCGGCACUGCCGACCGCUACAUCAACGUGGUCAACCUCAAGGACCCCACAAAGUUUUACAAGACGCUGCAGAGCCCGCUUAAGUGGCAGACGCGCGUGGUCAGCUGCGUCAAUGACGCGUCUGGCUUCGCCAUUGGCAGUAUCGAGGGCCGUUGUGCCUUCCAGUAUGUCGAGGAAAAAGACUCUGUCUCCAACUUCUCCUUCCGGUGUCAUCGCGACCCGGCCCAGGGCAACGUCACGCAGGUCCACACCGUCAACGACAUUGACUUCCACCCGAUACACGGCACAUUCUCGACCGUCGGCUCUGACGGCACCUUUCACUUCUGGGACAAGGACGCCAAGCACCGGCUCAAAGGCUACCCGAAUGUGGGCGGCAGCAUCACGACCGGCCAGUUCAACAAGGACGGCAGCAUAUUCGCCUAUGCCAUCUCCUACGACUGGUCCAAGGGCUACCAGGGCAACAGCCCACAAUACCCGACCAAGAUCAUGCUGCAUCCAGUCACGGGCGACGAGUGCAAGCCGCGCCCCAGCGUUAAGAAGCGGUAA